CUUCAUUGUCAACUGCCUUUACUUUGAGACCAGCCUUCCUCAGAACGGCUGCAGUUUGCAGUUCGACUGAAGGAAAAUGAGAGAAGUUCUUCUUACCUUUCUGCUUAUAGCCAGCACCUAUGCUUUUGACUUCAGUUGCGGAGAUCCAGUCUACAAACCUGAUUUAAAUGAGAACAGUAACAAUGUAGUACCAUUCAGCUGGCCGUGGCAGGUUUCACUGCAAGCUAAAAGAGGAAUAUCAUAUUCCCAUAUGUGUGGAGGGGCCCUCAUUGACCCAACGUGGAUCUUGACUGCUGGGAAAUGCAUUAACGAAGGUAUGAAGUACCGUGUUGUAUUGGGGAAAUAUGACUUGACAUUGACUGAAGGUUCAGAACAAUACAUUGAACCUGUCAAAUUGAUCUCUCACCCAAUGUUUAAUCCCAAAUGUAUCACCUGUGGGUUUGAUUUAGCUUUAUUAAAGCUCUCCUGGCCCGUCGUUUUCACUGACAAAAUUAGGCUAACCUGUCUCCCUGCAGCGGGUGAAGAACUACCAGACAAUUACACAUGCGUGGUCACUGGAUGGGGAAAACUGAAUGCCAAGGGGCCUAAACCUCGCAAGAUGCAGCAAGCCCUACUUCCAGUAGUCGAACAUGAUAUCUGCAGCCGGUCUGACUGGUGGGCAACGAACGUGAUAGACACCAUGAUCUGUGUUGGAGGGUAUUCCAAGACUGCAUGUGAAGGUGACCCAGGCAGCCCUUUGAACUGUUUUGGUAGUGAUGGUAGAUGGUACGUCAAUGGAGUGGGGAGCUUCACAGGGUCCUACCCAUGUAACACAGCGAGGAAGCCCACUGUCUACACUCGGAUAUCUGCCUUCAACAGCUGGAUCAAUGAUACCAUGAGUAGCAACUAAAGCAAGAGAACAAUAGCCUGCAGGUGAUCACAUACCUUUGGUAAAGAUGUAAACCAGACUGCAGAUAUGUUGGUGAUUUGCACAGCAGGUUCCUCUGCUCCACUUAUUGAGACAAACGUAAAGAAGUGUUUUCUACAGUUUAAACAUGAAUCUUCUGGUUCAGAUGAACUACAUCUCAUAUUAUGUUUGAUUGUUUGUAAUUUAUUCUUAAAGCAGUGCUUGUAUAGUUUUUAAGUGCCUGGAUUUAUUUAACAUUAGCCUCACGUUAAUACAUUUUAUUCGGUAGAGAUAUUUUUGAGGAUGGCAUAUACGUGUAGAUGCCCACAACUUGGAUGUAAGGAAGAAUACACAAUGCUAGUUAUUUUCAUGUUGUAUCUCCUGCCUCCUUUUUUUUUCCAUAUACAGAUGUUGGUAUGAUGAGUGGCAUUACUAAGAUGCCACUGAACAUGAUUGUCAUGGUGACAACAGACAGGCAGUGUAAUCCAGCUAUUUGAGGAGGUGGGCAUCAUUGCACGAGGUGGUUUUAAUCUGUGCCAUCAGUCCUGUAGAUUGAUCAUAA